AUGUGCGUCACCUCCCUCGGAGAGAACCGCGAACCCUUCUGGAGAGACAUUACGCGGAUAGAUAGGCUGAUUUACGGGCAUGAAAAGAAAUUAAAAUCCUGUAACAAUAAAAAAAGGCAGUGCUACAAACUCCUGUCCCUGUUGACCGAUUAUGAUAACUGGUUGAGUGAGACAUGCGAGAGGUAUGCCUGGAAAAUACGUGCGCUGCAGAUGGUACAGACAGGGUCUAUGGGGAGAGCCACACGUGCAGAUGAGAAAUGUAAUAGCCGCAUAAGUGACUGUGCUUCUAGCAGAACCCCAUGUACAGAAUCCAAAAAAUAUGGCCACUUAGCCAAAUGGACCUCCGUCCAUGUUACGGUAGGGGAACGGUUUCGUAAAAAAAAAAAAAAAAAAAAAUUACGGUGUGGUAAGAUAGCGGAGAAGAAAAUAGGUGUGAAAAUAAAAGAUCCGAAAAAAUUCCAACUACACGGUACAGGCAGAAGGGAUGAACCCUCUAGAUGCGGCAACCAGAAGGUGCAGGAAGAUGCUGAGGGGGAGGGUCAAGAAGGAGAAGAGAACGGGGACGAAGCGGUAGAGGACUAUCGUAUAGACGCAUCUGAAAACAAUGAAGAAGAAGUAUACGAGAAUAAAGGUGAACUCCCAUGUGAAGAGAACGAAACAUGCGAAGAAACGGGGGCGAGGGGAGCAGACAGUACAGAGGGGAUUCAUCCAAAUGAAGAACCUACAGUUGUCGAAAGGGAAGGUGUACUUGAAGUAGAGGAGGAGGAGAAAAUAUAUUCAACUGAAGAGAAAGAAAAGAAAGAAGAGACAAGACAUUUUCAGAUAGUGCACAAGUCUGAGGGUGAAAAAAAUGAAGAAAAUUUGGAAGGGGUGCCAAGUGAUAUUAUGGGAUAUCCCCAUGAAAUGGGGAAAGAUGAUGAUGAGCAGGAGGCUAUCGAACAUAACGAAGAUAACGGAUUGGAGUGUUCCGAGGUACAGGUGAUGGGCGUUACAGUGGAAGAAGAAGAAGAAGACAUACAAAGGGGUGGAAUUCCAGACGAUGGGGAUGAAAUGGCAGAGGGGAAAGGGAAGGUACAAAAGGAGAAAAAGACCAAGCGAAAAAAAGGAGAUACAAAAAAGAAGAGGGAGCGAAAGGGGGAGAAGGAAAAAGGGAAAACGAAAAAGAAAAAGCAGAAGCAGACAAUGAUGGAUGAGGGGGAGGAAAGAGAAAAGGCAUCGGAGGAGGAGAUAGCGAAAGCAAUGGAGAAAACGAUGGAUGAAGGAAAAGGGGUAAAGAUGAAGGACGUUGAGGAGGAGAAAAUGGAAAAAGCCAAGGAAUCUAAGAUGGUGGAAGAAAAUGAAGAAAAUAUUGGGGAUGAAAAAGAGACAAAUCCGGGGGAAGAACAAGGAGUGAUGGUAGCGGAAGAACAGGAUACAACGGUGAAUGAAGGAAAAGAAGAAAGUAUGGAAGGCGAAAAGGAACACGGGGAGCAGGUAAAGGUAGAGAAAGAAACGGAAGUGAUGAUUGAAGAUGAAGGAAAUGCCAAAUUGGAUGUGGAAAAAGAGGCAACAGUGCAAGGAGAACAGAUGUAUACAGGGGGAAAGAAACAGAAAGAAUUGUCGGAAGACUCAACGAUCGGGGAAUUCACGGAGGAAAAGAUCGGACAUGAAGGAGAGGCGAAAGUAGACGCGAAUAAGGAUCAAAACAGUGGCGCCGAAGAAGACACCCACGUAGCACCUGCGAAUGACAAGGAACAGGAAAUAUUAAACCAAGAUGAACCAAUAAGAAGCGACCUUGAGAACGACCCCGGUAAGACAGCGGAGAACGAAAUCGUCCAUAAUAUUCUCAGCGAGUAUUCCAACACAAUUCAGUAUACGAGUUUUCUCGAUUACAUAAAAAAUAAAAAGGAGCCCGAGUAG